GGCCCUGCCCCAAGCCCCCCCACAGCCUCCCUCCCCGGCCCCUCCCCGAGGCGGUGCCGGGAGCGGAGUCCGGCUGCCUCGCGCGGGCUGAGUGCGUUUCUUUUGUCUGCCAGGCGCGCGGUCCCCUGCCCCGCUGCCCACUCCCGGUGCGCCCAGCCUCCUGCGCCCCCAGCUGAUGUUCUGGGAGGAGAGAGCAAGGAGGAGGAUGAGACCUGAAGAAUGAGAAGUAUCCAGCCAGGUGGACAUCUGGAGCGAGAGCAUUUCAGGAUGUGGUCCAGUCUGAAUGAGUGGCUGUGGCAGGACAGGCUCUGGCUACCGCCCAACAGCUCAUGGGCUGAACUGGAGGACCGGGAUGGCCUGGUCUACGCCCACCCCCAGGACCUGCUGGCGGCACUGCCCCUGGCACUGGCACUGGUGGCUGUGCGCUUCAUCUUCGAGAGACUCGUCGGCCUGCCCCUGAGCCGGUGGCUGGGUGUGCGGGAUCAGGCCAGGAGGCUAGUGAAACCCAACGCCACGCUGGAGAAACACUUCCUCAUGGAAGGAUGGAGACCCAAGGAGCCUCAGAUGGCUGUCCUGGCCGCCCAGUGUGGCCUCACGCUGCGGCAGACCCAACGCUGGUUCCGGAGACGCCGGAACCAGGAACGGCCCUGCCUGACCAAGAAGUUCUGUGAGGCCAGCUGGAGGUUUGUCUUCUAUCUGUGCUCCUUCUUCGGUGGCCUCUCGAUCCUCUAUCACGAGUCGUGGCUGUGGAGGCCGGUAAUGUGCUGGGAAAAUUACCCGAAGCAGCCCCUGAAGCCAGCCCUGUACUGUUGGUACCUCCUCGAGCUGAGUUUCUACAUCUCCCUACUGAUCAGGCUGCCCUUCGACAUCAAGCGCAAGGAUUUCAAGGAGCAGGUGGCACACCACCUUGUGACCAUCAUCCUCAUCACCUUCUCCUACAGCGCGAACCUGCUGCGCAUUGGCUCUCUGGUGCUGCUGCUGCACGACUCCGCAGACUACGUGUUGGAGGCCUGUAAGAUGUUUAACUAUGCGCACCAGCAGCAAGUGUGCAACUCUCUCUUCAUCGUCUUCUCCUUGGUCUUCUUCUACACUCGCCUUGUGCUCUUCCCCACCCAGAUCCUGUACACCACAUACUACGAGUCCAUCGCCAACUCGGGCCCCUUCUUCGGCUACUACUUCUUCAACUCCCUCCUGCUGCUGCUGCAGCUGCUGCACGUGUUCUGGUCCUACCUCAUCCUUCGCAUGAUCCACAGCUUCAUUAAGAAAGGCCAGAUGGAGAAGGACAUUCGCAGUGACGUGGAGGAGUUGGACUCGAGUGAAGGGGAGGCAGCCCGGGAGCAUCCGCAGCUGAAGAACGGGACGGCGCCCACUGAUGGCCCUCGGAGCCGGGCAGCCGUGUGGCUGGCCAACGGGCACAUGUCAGCCAUGUAGCUGGCCAAGGACUGGCUGUGAGGGGCUGCCGCCAGUGCCUUGGAUUUCUGGGGCAGCUGGGCUGGCGGCCCUUGGGCCAGCUCUGUGGAGAUAGGGAGGGCCCCUCCCCAGGGUUGUGGGGGGGCUGGUGAUCUGUCUCCAGCCCCUUCCCUCCACCCACCCACUCUCCUUCCUUCCCUUGGGCCAUUGGACAGUGCUAGGGCGGUGGGCAGCAGCAGGACGCUACAGCCCACCGGAGCCAGCUCCAGGCUGCAGCCUGGGGACUUGGAAGAGCCCCAGGCUGAAAGGGGUUCAAUAAAACUUGAAUGGA